GGUGGGGAAAGGCACAUCUCCUGUCGUCAAUGAAAUUAACCAGUAAAGAUAAUAUUGCUACUGUACCGAAGUAUCCUAACAAUGGAAAUAUAUUAUAUUUCUAUGAGCCUAACACAGAGAUAGUUAGAGGACGCAACAUUGUGUCUGUCAAAUUAUGGAAAACAACUUUCACAGCAGUGCACUAAGCACCUCAGAACCCGUAUGACCUUAGAAGUGAUGUCAAAAAUGUUGUCCCAUUAGCGAAGAAAGUGAGGGGGGCUAAUUUUGCAGUUCGUUCACCCCAUCCACUAAUGGUCCACUAAUUUAGGAGAGUAGGCUAGUCUAGAUUAUUAUUGUCUGUGAACAUUCUUUAAACCCAGUGUAAUAAAACACAUUGUAUAAAUAAUGUAUACUCAUUCAACCCUUUAUUUUGAUCUACUAACGAAGUCUGUGAUUAGUUUCCAGCGGUGAGUUAAGGUGAAGACACUUAAAGGCAAUCAUCAUGAGUCACAGCCCAGAAAGGAUGUCUUCUUAUUGCCGCUACUUCGGGGGCCCCCUCGCCACCUCCUCUUCCUACCAGGUGCGGAUCUCAAGCCCCUCGCCAACUUGUGAUGCUGUGGGGAGACACAUGAAAGAAGAGACACAUCUGGGGCGUAUUGAGGGGCUGAAGCUGGAGAUUAAGGUGAUGAAGGAGAAGAUAGCUCUGCUGCUGAGGGAGUACCCAGAGCUGCUCAACAUCAAGAUGGCCCUGGAGAAUGAGAUAACCACCUACAGGUGACAUCACACCUUCCCCAAUAGUCUAAACAGGCUUCUGCUCUUCUCGCAUCUCAUCUCCUUCUUGAAUAGACAGAAGUGGACAGGUGAAAGCAAAUUCACAGUAGGAAUCAUCCAUAUUGCUUUCACCUAUCCUGGGUUUGUCAGAUCUGUGGAGGAGAUUAAAAAGAGAAGACAAG